AUGAUCGGUAAACUUUGUGAAUAUGCAUCAAAAAAUCCUCUACGUGUACCCGAGAUUACAAGUGUACUUGAAGAAAGGUGUUACCGGGAACUCAGAAGUGCGAAUAUUAAGUGUGUAAAAGUUGUCAUGUGUAUAUACAGGAAGUUGAUCAUAUCUUGCCAACAGCAAAUGCCAUUGUUUGCUGGAAGUUUUCUUAGUAUUAUACACAUUUUGCUGGAGCAGACAAGACAUGAUGAUAUGCGUAUUGUUGGUUGUCAAGCCCUCUUUGACUUCAUAAAUAACCAGAGGGAUAGUACCUAUACGUUUAACUUGGAAGGCUUGGUUCCGAAACUGUGUCUGAUAGCUCAAGAGAUUGGGGAUGAUGAAAGAGCACUGCGUCUACGUUGUGCUGGGCUUCAAGCACUCUCUUCAACUAAUCAACCAAAGGUUAUCAUCUCCUGA